CCAGUAUCGGGACCCUCAGAGCCGCGGUCACAUCUCCACCUCACAGAGGUUCGGUCCACUGCCAUCCAACCUACAGCUCACACUCCUUCUCUGCUCUGUGGAGCGACUCUCAGCCUGGUGUUGGUGGCGCUGCAGGACCAUAAUAUCUUGCACAGGAGGAAAGUUGCACCCAAGGAGUAAACUAAGUGAUUUAAAGGGAAGAAGAUGGCCAUGAACGGAAAGAAAGGUACCUGCGCAACACCUGUGCCAAAGGGAUACACACAGACACCCAACGAGCUGGAGGAACGGGGCUACUGGGGAACCAAAGCCGAGUUCAUCCUGACUGUGAUGGGAGCGAUCAUCGGACCGGGGAAUGUUUGGAGGUUCCCCUACCUGUGCUACAGAAACGGCGGAGGUGUGUUCUUCAUCCCAUACCUGUUGUUCAUGGUAACAUGCGGAAUCCCACUAUUCUUCCUUGAGACUGCCUUAGGACAGUACACCAACCAGGGGGGAAUCACGUGCUGGAGAAAGAUUUGUCCGCUUUUCCAGGGCAUGGGUUAUGCCAGUCACUUAAUCAUCACAUUCAGCGCCACUUCCUAUAUUGUCAUAAUGGCCUGGGCAUUUUUUUACCUCUUCUCAUCCUUCAGUGCGGAUUUGCCUUGGGCCACAUGUGGACACUACUGGAACACAGACUCAUGCUUGGACGUCAGCCAACCAAAUGUGAGCCUCAGCGUGUCAUCCAGACUGAACACCACUCUUCCUGUUGUGGAGUUCUGGCAGCACCGGGUUUUAAAAAUCUCUGGCAGUAUUGAAGAGGUUGGCAGCUUGAGAUGGGAGCUGGCCCUGUGUCUCAUCCUAACCUGGGUCAUCUGCUACUUCUGCGUUUGGAAAGGAAUCAAGUCAACAGGAAAGGCAGCGUAUUUCACAGCCACCUUCCCUUAUGCAAUGCUGUUGGUUCUGCUUAUACGUGGUGUUACCUUGCCGGGGGCGAUGGACGGGAUCAUUUACUACCUUUACCCUGACAUCUCUCGCCUUUCAGACCCCCAAGUGUGGAUGGAUGCUGGCACUCAGAUCUUCUUCUCAUAUGCAAUCGGCCUUGGGUUCCUAACCUCUCUUGGAAGUUAUAACACAUACAACAACGACUGUUACAGGGACUGUUUCUACUUGUGUUUGCUGAACAGUGCCACCAGCAUUGUGUCAGGCUUUGCCAUUUUCUCAGUUUUGGGGUUCAUGACCUAUGAACAAGGAGUGGAUAUUUCUGAAGUAGCUGAAUCAGGUCCAGGUUUGGCAUUCAUCGUCUACCCACGUGCUGUUGCCAUGAUGCCCAUGCCUCAGGUGUGGUCCGUGUGUUUCUUCAUCAUGAUCAUUCUGCUGGGAUUGGACAGUCAGUUCGUUGGUCUGGAGUGUCUGAUGACGUCCCUGGUAGAUCUGUUCCCAACUUACCUGCGAAAAGGCUUCAGACGUGAGCUCCUUCUCCUGGUUAUCUGCAGCACCAGCUGUUUGCUGGGACUCUCUCUGGUCACUGAGGGAGGGAUGUACCUGCUCCAGCUGUUGGACCAUCAUGUCUGCAGUGGCACCACCCUGCUCCUCCUCUCCCUCAGCCAGUCUGUCAGCAUUGGCUGGGUGUACGGUUCUGACCGCUUUUACAACAACAUCGCAGACAUGAUUGGUUAUCGUCCAUUCCCACUGAUGAAGUACUGCUGGACCUACAUUACUCCCUUCAUCUGUUUUGGCACGUUCAUCUUCUCUAUUGUCAAAUACUCCCCGCUGAAGUUCAGUAACACUUAUGUUUAUCCACUCUGGGCCAACAUCUUGGGCUGGUUCAUCGCCACUGUCUCCCUCUCCCUCAUCCCACUGUUUGUGUUAUAUAAAUUAAAGCAUGGAGAAGGCACUCUUCAACAGCGAUUUUUGCUGCUCUGCCAGCCCGUGGACGACCUAUCCAUGCAAAACAAACAUCUUUCUGCACAAGGAACCAAUGGCACGACUUCUCUCACAGAGCUCAAACCUUUAUCCCACAGUGGGGAGGUCACUCAGUGAAUAUGGUGUUAAUGUGUUGUUCAUCUGAGAGGUGUAUUGUAAUUUAGUGUAAAUGUGGGGCAUUUUGUGGAGUAAGUGCACCCCUGGGAAAUGCAGACAGAGGUAGGGAAACAUCCUGUCCACCCUGAGGUGAAUUUGGUGCACAAGAACACAGUGACUACACAAAUGAGCAUAAAACUACCACUAUUACUCAUAUUGCUUCAAUAUCAUAUCAGUUAAUGUGAGCAAUGUUGCUGUGAACGUCUCACAGGGUGUGUUCUUGCUUCUGUUUCUGUGCUGUGACCAUGUAAGUUCCUGAAAGGCUUCACCAACUAAGGAGACUUCUGGCGGUCUCUUUUUAUUUUGUUAGUUUGACAAACAGCUUAAAUUGUUCAGUUGUUCAGUGGGGGUGGAUUUAUCUUUCUAUUAAAACCCAAAUGUUAUCCUUAGCAGCUUGAUAAAUGUUGUGUCACCACUUUACCAUUAAGUGGGUGCGAUGAAACUGCCCCAUUUGUAAAGGUGGAUUAAAUGUGUUUCUCCUGAAUAUAGAUGUGGCCUAUGCCAGAAGUGACAGCUGUAACAGUUGUGUUAUCGGCGUCAUUUAAAGGUGCAAUAAGAAGAAUUUUUAAAGAAUUUUAAGAAUUUUGUAUGAAAACGUUUUAGACUUGAUUAUCAACAGAACAUGGAGGAAUAACAGGUUUUACUUUAUGACUUAUCGUGUUGCAGUGUUAAGAGCAACCAGCUAGCCCCCAGCGCAGUCUGGGCUCAAAGCAUCUGUACAAGAAUUGUAAACAUCAACACUUCCCUGGUGCUCCAGGGUCCCUGACUGGACCGCUAGCUGCACGGCUAACUGAGCUAACUAGCUAACAGAUCUUACAUAUUGCACCUUUAAAGCAUAGACACAGGCUAAAAUCACAAAGGUCAGUUUAUUAACUAUUUGAAGCAUUUUAAUGUGUUUUUCUGCCUGUAUUGAUAAAAUACUGAUGUUUCUUUGGUAAUGUGCAUGAUACAUUCGCUAAUUUUGUAUUUUAAAACAUUUAACAUGUAUUAACCACUUUUUAUUUGCCAUAUGAGAUGAUUGUAAUGUGAGGUAUAAUGUCUCUUGGUUGCCUACAGAAGCCUGUGGAUGAUGUGUUUAUGUAGUGUAUGCUGGACUGUGGAUUUCUUUAUGAAGGAGUCCAAAUGAUGUGAAUGCCUUGACUCAGUGCCGCUCUGCUCCACUAACAGAGAGCUAACGUUACUUAAACUACUCUGACAACCGGCGUCCAGCACAACACAGAUGUUCCACAGAGCUACUUUAAGCAGCUGUGUUAUUUUAACCAUUCGCUUAGUGCUGUCUGCAAUUUUGCCCUGUACAGCACUGCAGUAUGUCACAUAUGGUAUGUAUGUAAUCACACCUUUAUGUAAUGUGCCUUUUAAAACUACUGUACUGUAAUGCUAGAAUCAAAGACUUCCUCUUGUCUUCACUCACACUCACACACAGCAGAUUAAGACCAUUGGACCAUUUCUUUGUGAGUGUGAGUGUCAUUGUUCGGCGAGGUGAGUUUGUACAGCAUCAGAUAUGUUCAGCCCAGGUUCAGAACAUGGCUUCAACCCUUGUUGGACUCAGUAGGUCCUGACAUUGGACUUGGUCAAGAAUAAAUUUUUCCAUUUACACAAAAAA